AUGAAGGAGAUAUCAAAUCUUCCAAGGGAUUUGGUGGAGGAGGUGCUUUGUCGAACUCCAUUGACAUCUCUGAGAAGAGUCCGAUCAACUUGCAAAAACUGGAACACUUUAUCUAGAUGUGAGAGCUUUGCAAAGAAGUACCUUGCUGGUCAAGCAAGGGAAAGAGAGUUUAUGGUGGUCAUAAUGAUGGAUUUUAGGGUUUAUUUGAUGAGAGUCAAUCUCCAUAACAACAACAACAACAAUCUCGAAUCAUAUCUAAAGUGUGAAGGUGAACUUAUUAGCUUAGGCGAUGAAGUUAAGAUAUCUCAAGUCUUUCACUGCGACGGUUUAUUGUUAUGCAUCAACAUCAGCGAAGAGAAGACUAGGCUCGUGGUUUGGAACCCGUAUUGGGGUCAUACCCGGACGAUCGAGCCCACACAUAACUUCCCAAGUAUCCAUAUGUAUUCUUAUGCUUUCGGAUACGACAAGAGCAGCAAAUCCCACAAAAUCUUGAUGUUUAUGAAUAUGCGUGAUGAGUUCAAUAUCUACGAUUUUAACUCUGAUUCAUGGAGGGUUCUAAAUGUCACCACUACACAUUGGACGAUAUGGUUUACUCACUAUGGCGUGACUCUCAAAGGAAAUGUGUACUUGUUUGCUAGAGAAAAAGCAAACCACUGUGAUUUUUUCUUAGUCUGUUUUGAUUUCACAAGAGACACAUUUGGGCCGCUUUUGCCUCUUCCGUUUGCUCAGUGUCUUAUACAUCGUGAUACCAUGAGUGUAUCUAGUGUUAGAGAAGAGCAGCUUGCGUUUUUGUUUCAUCCUUGGCAUACAUUGCGGAUGGAGAUAUGGAUCACCUCUAAGAUUGAGCCUCACGCGGUGUCAUGGAACAGCAAGGUGUUCUUAUCAGUGAGUAUAAAACAACUCAUUGAUCCUCAGUAUCAGUUUAAUUUGGGGAGUUUCUUUGUUGACGAGGAGAAGAAAGUUGCCGUAGUUUUUGAGAAUGGAUACAAGGAUACAAGGCGCAACAUGGCUUACAUCUUUGGAGUGGAUGGAUCCUUGAAAGAAGUGGAUCUCGGAGAAUCAGCAUAUGAAUAUUGUUAUCCGCUUGUGUGCUCUUAUGUUCCAAGUUUAGUGCAAGUUAACCAAGUGGUCUUGGUCUAG